ACACAUAACACAACAAUUAUCAGAUAUAAUUUUUAAAAAAAUGAAAUGAUGAUGAGUCGUCAUUAUUAAAUGGAAUCUACUACAUAGAUGGCCUGUCUGGUUUGUCUCUCUAGCUUUUUAGUUCAGAGGUGCGUUACUAAUGUAAACCGCACUUAACCAGUCGAGACCAAUUUAUAAAUCUACCAUUCAGCAAAACUUGUCAGGUGGACUUUUGGUAGGGACCUUGGCCACGUGAUUUCUACAUUUUCUAAAUUUCCACUCUUUUGUUCUCUUCUCUUUCACACACCAUCCAAAAUUUUCCAAACUCAAACAUAUUCUUUCUCUUUCUCUUCAAAAGCUCUUACAAACACUCACAAAAUCCCUCCACUCAAAGAGACUCACUCCAUCAUGGAACCAGCCGUUCCCGGGUCACCACAACCUGACCCAUCUCCCUCAUCCCCAUCCACGUCAGCAGCACCACCGCAACCAAGCCGUUACGAGUCACAAAAACGCCGGGACUGGAACACGUUUCUACAGUACCUAAGAAACCACAAACCACCCUUGACGCUAGCUCGUUGCAGCGGCGCACACGUGCUCGAGUUCCUCAAGUACCUAGACCAGUUCGGGAAAACCAAAGUCCACGUGUCUACAUGUCCUUUCUUCGGACACCCGGAUCCACCGUCUUCUUGCCCUUGUCCGCACAAACAAGCUUGGGGGUCACUCGACGCUUUGAUCGGACGGCUUAGAGCUGCCUACGAGGAAAACGGCGGACGGCCAGAUUCGAACCCGUUUGCUGCACGCGCCGUUAGGAUCUACUUGAGGGAAGUCAAAGAUAGUCAAGCUAAGGCUCGUGGGAUCCCUUACGAGAAAAAGAAACGGAAACGUAAACCUACCGUUACCUCCGUUAGAUUGGAUGUUGAUUUAACGAGUAAUAUCACCGGUGACGGAAUUAACCGUGAUUCUUCGGCCACCUCCGGAGCCGUACUUCCCCUAGGUUAAUUAUUAUGAUUAAUUAUACCUAAAUUGCUUAUAUCUCAAUAUAUGAUUAUAAAUUUCUUUUUUUAGUGUAGGAGCUAUAUAUAUAGCUCGGUUAUAUAUAUUUUAAUUGAUAGUAAAAUGACUUUUGUUCUUGAGAAUUCUAUUUAGUCCAGUAAAUGGACUCAUUCUAGUGAUUUCUUUUAAAGCUAA